GCGGCCCCGGCGCCCCUGGCUGGCUUCUCUUUGUCCCCUGGGCCAGUAAGGAGCUGCGGGCGCGGCGGCGUCUGUGCGGUCGGUGCCCGCCGCUGCGGCUGAGGCGGCGGUUCUCCCGCUCCCGGCCGCUCGCUCCCCGGCGCUAAGGCGAUGCCGGACCAGAUUUCCGUGUCGGAAUUCGUGGCCGAGACCCAUGAAGACUACAAGGCGCCCACCGCCUCCAGCUUUACCACCCGCACUGCCCAGUGCCGGAACACGGUGGCGGCCAUCGAGGAGGCUUUGGAUGUGGACCGGAUGGUUCUCUACAAAAUGAAGAAGUCGGUGAAAGCAAUAAACAUCUCUGGGCUGGCUCAUGUGGAAAAUGAAGAGCAGUACACCCAAGCUCUGGAGAAGUUUGGUGGCAACUGUGUGUGCAGAGAUGACCCAGAUUUGGGAAGUGCAUUCCUGAAGUUCUCCGUGUUUACAAAGGAGUUGACAGCACUUUUCAAAAACCUGAUUCAGAAUAUGAACAACAUAAUCUCCUUCCCUUUGGACAGUUUGCUGAAGGGAGACCUAAAAGGAGUAAAAGGGGAUCUGAAAAAACCUUUUGAUAAAGCUUGGAAGGACUAUGAAACAAAAAUAACCAAAAUAGAAAAGGAGAAAAAGGAACAUGCCAAGCUCCACGGGAUGAUUCGUACUGAAAUAAGUGGGGCUGAAAUUGCUGAAGAGAUGGAAAAGGAGAGGCGGUUCUUCCAGCUACAGAUGUGUGAGUAUCUGCUGAAAGUCAAUGAAAUUAAGAUCAAAAAGGGAGUGGAUUUACUUCAGAAUCUGAUAAAAUAUUUUCAUGCCCAAUGCAAUUUUUUCCAAGAUGGACUGAAAGCAGUUGAAAGCCUCAAACCUUCCAUUGAAACACUUUCAACAGAUCUUCACACAAUCAAACAGGCCCAGGAUGAAGAAAGAAGGCAGUUAAUACAGCUGCGAGAUAUUUUGAAAUCAGCAUUGCAAGUUGAACAGAAAGAGGAGUCACAAAUUCGCCAGAGUACAGCUUAUAGCUUACAUCAACCUCAGGGAAACAAGGAACAUGGAACAGAACGGAAUGGCAACCUCUAUAAGAAGAGUGAUGGGAUCCGAAAAGUGUGGCAGAAAAGGAAAUGUUCGGUUAAAAAUGGUUUUCUGACCAUAUCCCAUGGUACAGCUAACCGCCCUCCUGCAAAGCUCAACCUAUUAACCUGCCAAGUGAAGACCAACCCUGAGGAGAAAAAGUGUUUUGACCUUAUUUCACAUGACAGAACGUACCACUUUCAGGCAGAAGAUGAGCAGGAAUGUCAAAUAUGGAUGUCUGUGCUGCAAAACAGCAAAGAAGAAGCUUUAAACAAUGCAUUUAAAGGAGAUGACAACACUGGAGAAAAUAACAUUGUCCAGGAACUGACAAAAGAGAUCAUCUCUGAAGUCCAGAGGAUGACUGGCAAUGAUGUGUGCUGUGACUGCGGGGCACCAGAUCCUACAUGGCUUUCCACCAAUCUGGGCAUUCUGACCUGCAUCGAGUGUUCUGGAAUCCACCGAGAGCUGGGGGUUCACUACUCCAGGAUGCAGUCCCUGACGUUAGAUGUAUUAGGAACAUCUGAGUUGCUGCUUGCCAAGAAUAUUGGGAAUGCAGGAUUUAAUGAGAUUAUGGAGUGUUGCCUACCAGCUGAGGACUCGGUCAAACCCAGUCCAGGCAGUGACAUGAAUGCAAGAAAGGACUACAUUACUGCCAAGUAUAUUGAGAGGAAAUACGCGAGGAAAAAGCACACGGAUAAUGCUACAAAACUUCACAGCCUUUGUGAGGCCGUCAAAACAAGGGAUAUUUUUGGUUUACUUCAAGCUUAUGCGGAUGGUGUUGAUCUUACAGAAAAAAUCCCAUUGGCCAAUGGACAUGAACCAGAUGAAACUGCCCUCCAUCUUGCAGUCAGAUCUGUGGAUCGGACAUCUCUUCACAUUGUAGAUUUUUUGGUUCAGAACAGUGGAAACCUGGAUAAACAGACAGGUAAAGGUAGCACAGCCCUGCAUUACUGUUGCCUGACUGACAACGCGGAGUGCCUCAAACUCCUCCUCCGGGGGAAGGCUUCCAUUGAAAUAGCUAAUGAGUCAGGAGAGACACCACUGGACAUUGCCAAGCGCCUAAAGCAUGAGCACUGUGAGGAGCUGCUCACUCAAGCCUUAUCUGGAAGGUUUAAUUCUCAUGUUCACGUUGAAUAUGAAUGGCGAUUGCUCCAUGAAGAUCUGGAUGAAAGUGACGAUGAUGUGGAUGAGAAAUUGCAGCCUAGCCCUAAUCGGCGAGAAGACCGGCCUGUCAGCUUCUAUCAGCUAGGAUCUAACCAGCUUCAGUCUAACGCUGCUUGUUUGGCCAGAGAUGCUGCAAACCUUGCCAAGGACAAGCAGAGAGGUUUCGUGCCUAGCAUCUUGCAGAACGAGACAUAUGGAACCAUCCUGAGCGGUAGCCCACCAUCUACCCAGCCUGCACCUCCCAGCACCACCAGUGCCCCCCCACUACCUCCAAGGAAUAUUGGCAAAGUUCAGACAGCCUCCUCGGCUAGCACCCUGUGGAAGACAAACUCUGUAAGUGUGGACGGUGUAAGCAGGCAGCGAUCUUCGUCAGAUCCGCCAGCUGUCCAUCCACCGCUGCCCCCUCUUCGUGUGACAUCUACCAAUCCCCUGACUACCACGCCGCCCCCUCCUGUUGCCAAAACAUCCAAUGUGAUAGAAGCCUUGAGCCAGCAGAUCAAACCAGCCCAGCCUGGGAUCUCACAGUGUAAACCCACGCCCCCACCUCUGCCGCCUCAGCCACCCAGCCGCCUCCCGCAGAAGAAGCCAACUCCCGGGGCUGACAAGUCAACCCCACUGAUCAGCAAAGGCCAACCAAGAGGACCUGUGGAUCUCUCUGGAACAGAAGCUCUGGGUCCUCUCUCCAACACCUUAGUCAUGCAGCCACCAGCACCCAUGCCCCGGAAGUCACAAAUAACAAAGUCAAAGCCCAAACGGGUCAAAGCCCUUUAUAACUGUGUGGCAGACAACCCAGAUGAGCUGACCUUCUCCGAAGGAGAUGUCAUCGUUGUGGACGGGGAGGAAGAUCAAGAGUGGUGGAUUGGUCACAUUGAUGGAGACCCCAGUCGCAAAGGAGCAUUUCCUGUAUCAUUUGUGCACUUUAUUGCUGACUAAAUUGCUACUGAACAAAAACAUGUCUUUUACCAGUUGUUAUUUAUGUUACUGUUUUAUUACUGGUAGCAAAACUCUUUCCAGACAACCAGUUCAUGAAUUGUAUUAUACUGUAGCCCACUUUCUCUAAUGCCACAGUUCUGUUUUAAAAACUCAAAGGCAAUUUUUAUAUAUAAAUGAAUUGUUUUUAUAAUUUGUGGUUCUCAUGAAACAUUGCUAAACUUUUGUUAGGGAAAACUAAAUUUCCUAAAAGGUGAACUGAACAGUUAUUUUAACUGCAUUAUCAAGAUCCUGAAUCUACAGAAUUAGCAAAAAGUAAAAAUAUUUAAAAAGUAUUGGAAAUAAAUCCGUCUUGCUUUUCCUUGCCUGAUUCUGGAGUCAGUGACUUUUAGAGCAAUUAUUAAUUUGGGAAGCUUGUAAACUGUUGCUUCAGAAGUCCCUAAUGCAUUCCUGUAUUUUGUAGAUAAAAUGCCAUCAGUUCACCUUUAAAAGACCUGUAUUCCUUUGAAACCAUCCAAUGUUUGUUUAAAGCAGCUUGGAAAUUUACAUAUUAGUGGUGUACUUUCUAGCUCUAAUUUGUGAGGUUGCAUCUAUCAUUAUACUCUGCAUGUGUGUAUAACCUGUUAUUGUGAGCAAUCAUACUUAACAAAACUGCUGAUGGUUUAUUACAACAUAUGGUAAUAGCAGUUAACAGGAAGUUAUCUAAAAACUGCAUUUCCUGAAUUUGGUUAAAAACUAAGGAUGAUGGAUUGCACAAACAGUUCUUUACACUAGUUUAUGCUUUAGGUGUUUUGGAAUUUGUCUUCUUGAACUUCUUUAAUCACACAGAAAGCAACUGUACACAAAUAGAAUGUUGUGGUGCAGACCAUGCUGUUAACACAUCUUAACUGCUGUUUCCUAUUAAGGGUACCACUGCCUUCCCUUUCUAGCACAUGAGAAUGUUUACUCAAUUUAGUGUCUUGUAUUUAUAUAUCAACAUAUUUCAACAGGAAUGAUAGUUAUACUGUCUUGAAAUUUAAUCUGUCCAUGUUUGUAAUCAAGAGCCUAUCAGAAAAUCUAUAGAUCCCCAGUAAUAAAAUACCCUUAAAUAUCCCAAUUUUAGUAUUAAGUUCAUCUUUCCAUUCUUAAACUUAAGCUACUAGGGGGAAAUUAGGUUGUAUGUGAUAACAUAAAUAUUCAUUAGUUUAAUGAACUUGACUUGUUAUACCUCUAUUUAGUAAUCACGAGCAUAAUAUUCAUAGUAGAAAUAUUGGGAAUUUUGGCAUUUUUUGAGGAUAGAUAUGUAUGAUGCCCACUUGGAUUUUUACCAAAAGUAAAGGAAUAAAUUUUAAGUAAAGGCUUGGAAAGCAAGGCAACAAUGCUGUUAUUACUGCAUUUGUGAAUGAUGGUACAUUUGAUUGAAGCAGCCUGUCUUUACCAUGCAAGACUCUUAUUAGGUGUAGAGUUUUUUUGUGGUUUUUUUUUUUUUCAUUGAAUAUUUUGUUUCUCUUAUAAAGAAGACAGAACAAACUGGAAUGUUUUAUGAUGUUGUAUGGCAAUUUUACUCUUUGCCUUUAAAAGUUCUGGGUAAAAAUGUGUUAGAUCUGUAAUUAAAGCCUUUUUUUAAAGCACUACAUCUGUUUUCACUAAUUGUUAAUUUCCAUUGUUUUGAUCCUUUCAUUUAGUUUUCAUUCAUAGAUUUAACAACAUAAACAGAUGUAUUUUGCACAGUGCACUUCUUCUGUACACUUUAACACAGUUCUCCAGCAUCUGUAUCUUAUCAUCAGCCUUUUGACCGCCUGGUGCCAGCUAUAUUAAGGAAUUGAAGUUGAUCUAUGUCAACAGUUGAAGUCCAGUCCCAUGCUUAUUUAUCAGGUUCACUGGUACAUGAAUAACUAGGGAAUAUUUUUCCAGUAUACAAUUUGGUGGUGCUAUUGUGCAGUAAUUAACAUUAUUCUUACCAGAAGAGAAUUAUAUUAACUUCCCUGCUAAUAUCCUUUCCUAGGUAUUUGCUCUUUGCAAAUUAAAAAUAAAUAAAAACUGAAAGAAAAAACAUUGUAGAUAUCUAUUUAUAUUUAAAGUUUAUGUUUCAUGAACUUCAGCUGCAGGAUUCUGGCAUUUUGCAUGCCAUUUCCAUCAGGUCUGAUUUCAAGGGAGGAUAACUCAAAUAUGUGCACAGACUAACAGUUACUUUGUUACUUUUAAGGAGUGGAUAACAUAAUAUGCAGCUUGGAAUGCUAUUUGAGAUGUAUGAUAUUCAAUUCAUUCACUCGAUUAUUUUUGCUCUAGUUGCAGCGCAACUGUAUAUAUUGUAUACCUAAAUCAAUUCUUAUUUUCAUUGUCCUUAAUGCAGUGAUUUAUAACUAGAGCAUGUUUCAUAAGUUUACUCUCCUUGUUAACUAGUCCUUUGACUAGAAACAAAAUAAAAACACUUUUAAAUGGAUAUG